AUGGACGCAGACAAUUGUAGCAAUGCCCUCAUUUUGUAUGAGGCUGCUAUAAGUGAAAUCGAACGACGUUUGAAUGAGGUAAAACGUGUUGAACAGUUGUCUACAGCAGUAAUUAAACUGCGUUUAGGUUCCCUUCAGAAAGCAGCUGAUUCACUACAGACAGCAGCUUCUGAAUAUUAUAAAGAGAUUAAGGGUCGAGAAUUAGUAAAUGCUAUAACGAGGACUAACGCGAUAAACCUACUGAAAACUCGUUUUUCCAACGUUGGGAAAUUAGAAGAGAACUUAAGAAAUCGGCUGUUAAGUUUACCGCACCCUGAGCAUGAUGCAGAGCAACUGAUGGAUUUCCUUAUGAAAUGGAAUAGCAUCGUUCAUCAGUUAGACGCUUUACCAGGUAUUACGAGCGGCGACUCUAAUGAGAAAGCAAUUAUCAAGCGGUGUUUAUCAAAGGAAACAUUGCAAGCCUUGUAUCAGAGAUAUGAUACUUGUGAACUCAGUGCAGAUCAAUUGAGAAAGGGCAUUGAGAAGUUAAUUGAGCGUUUAGGUAGAAGUAAUAUGCAUAAACCCACGCCAUCACCGUCCAACCCAGUUAAGAGUGGCAAUGAUCGUAACACGAGUUCGAAAAACGAGCGUCAAGCUAAUUCGCCUAGUAGUGCUUUCAGAACUAAUGUUAGAAAUACCCCUAAGAAAAUAACUUUUUCUUGUUGUUUUUGUCAAGGCGAACACAGCGGUAAGGUCUGCACGAAAUACAAUACUUUAGAGACUAGAAGAGCUCGUAUCAAUGAAUUACAACUAUGCUUUGGUUGUUUAAGAAAGGGUCAUCGUUUAUUUGAAUGUAACAGUAAGAGUAAGACAUAUUGUUUUAACUGUAAUGGUAAACAUCAUACAUUCCUAUGUGCUAGGACUAUACCUAAUUCUACGAGCGUCAAUGUAAAUUCGUCUCAGCAACCUUCUAGCACCAAAUCAGGUCAUAGUAGAGUUGAUAAUAAGCCUAUAGAAACUGCUCAAUCGCAGCCUAGUUUCAGUACUAGCCAGAAAUCUGCGGCCACGAGUAAUCAGAGAAAUUCUCAGAAUAAUGUUAACAGUAAUCAAGUAACUGUGAAAAAUGUCGCAUCUCUUCGACCGACAGCGUUACCGACAGCCACCCUUCUAUUGAGUAAUGAUGGGAAUCGGAUCCCGGUUCGAGCCUUUUUAGACAGCGGAUCUCAAAGAACGUUCAUUAACCCAGAUGAUGUUGAGAAAUUGAACUUAGUGCCCAUAAAACAAGUGGAACUUACAUUAAUUCCGUUUGGAGAUAAUGUUGAAACUAGAAUGUUUGAUGUAGUAAGAGUAAUGGUUCGAGCAGGUACGAAACGUAUCAAAUUAAAUGCUGUUGUUUGUAAUCAUGUUAACACUUCCAUACACAUACCUGGUCUACACAACGUGUAUCUGCGAUUGCAAGAACGAGGUGUUAAAUUGGCAGAUGAAGAAUAUUGA